AUGUCUGCAUCUCUGAGAAAACGGCAAAAAGUCUCUUCGGCUUGCGAACGCUGCCGUAAGCGUAAACUCGGAUGUGAUAAAGAGAGGCCUUGUGUUCAUUGCGUCCGCGCGGGUGCCCAGUGUAUCCCUCGCACCUUGACAUCGGGAGACAUUACAGCAUCCUCAUCUGGCCAGACUGAUACGGGGAAUAGACAGGCUCAGGCUCCGGGGUCCCCCAUACUCCCAGAGUCUAACAUCGUUGACCUGAGUAAUCUUAUUAUACGCGGAAGCAACUCCAGCCGGGAAUUACGCCAUGAUACAUCCUCCCUGCCCGGCGGAACGAAGCUCCCCAAUGCCGACAUCACCCUCUCUGGGCCCAAGUAUUGGCGUAAUAUAGUCGGCGUGGAACUACCUGCGGACCAUAUCCUGGAACAGUUGGUCGACAGCUUCUUCUCAUCAGUCAAUUGGUUCAUGAUGGUCUUUCACGAAGAGACCUUUCGUCGUCGAUAUGCAGAGAUGCUACAACAGACACAGAUCAAGUACCAGGAUACAACAUUCUAUUGGACAUGGCUCCUCGUAGUAGCGCUGGGUGCGCACUACGCUGCACUCAAGGAACCUGAUGACCAGAUGAUCCCCCAGUACCGACAGCUUUCUCUAGACCUUAUUGCUGCUAUUGAGUCAAAGUUCUUGCAGAUUGUUGGAUGCCAGACAGUAGAGACUGUUCAAAUCUGCAUACUGCUUGGUAGUUUCAUUUUCUAUACGCGGCCCACGACAGGCCUAGGCAUUUGUGGAAUGGGAGUCAAGAUCGCCCAGGUUAUUGGGCUGCAUCGCGAGAGUUUCUGGAAAGAGACUUCUCAGCUAACGCAGGAGGUGAAGCGACGCACCUGGUGGACAUUGGAGGUUUUCGACAAAUACGCCGCUGUUGCAUUUGGGCGCCCCUGCAUCAUUGAUGAUUCCGACUGUCAGGUCGAGAUGAUUUCAGAUAUUGACAUCAAUGGUCGCAUACAUGUCCCAGCUAGACCACUUAUCUUAUACCAUCAACAAAAGUUCCGUUUGUACAGAAUCAUGGGCGCAUUCUUGGGACGGAAGAGGCAGCGCAACAGUCUGGAUUCGAUUGAAACAAUACACUAUCGCAUGCUACAGUGGCGCCAAGAGCUGCCCGGGAUUCUCACUCUCAGCGGCCAAGAGCGGUCCAUGGACCUAGGUGUAGUGAAGCCAACUGAGAUCCACGCCCUUAGUCUACAGCUCACUUAUGACAAUCUUCAAAUCAUCUUACAUCGCACUGAAGUCUUCAAUGACGGCAGCGACAUCUCUUCUAUAUCGCCUAAGAGCAGUACUUCUCUUCAGCAAAUCUUCACCUCAGCCAUGGACACAUCUGAGCUGUCUCGCCACCCUCGCAUUCUGGACGCUUGCAGAAGAACUCAUGCAGACGUGCAUGUUGGCAUGACCAUGUUCACAGCCGGAGUUGUUCUCUGCGCUAUCUGUCUGUCACAGCCUUUUACUGAAAUGGGGUCACGCGCGAAGACCGGGGUUAUGCAUAUUACACGCAUGUGUCGUGAGACUACAGCUAGCCUUUAUAGUGGCCAGCUUGUCUCGGAGCAGAGCCUAGGUAUUAUUGAUAGCUUGGUUGAGGUUAUGUUGCGACAGGAGACGGAUAUGAUAACCGGAAGAACGAGUUAUCCAGGUCUCCGUACCGCUCCUACCAACAAAGAUACAGUAUCAUCCACCCGGGGUUCCUCUGCAACAAGCAGAAGGAUAGCGCCCAGACCAAGCACGACCGCAGCCGGUCCAAGCGAUUCUAGAGGCGAGCGAGUCUUGGAGCCGAUUAAAGAAGCAGGAAACAUACUGCCACAGAACACUGUCUCUAGUAAUCACGAGACAGAUGGAGAUCAAGGGACUGUGGGCACAUUCAAUUGGGACGGCGAUAUGUCCGCCCUCGUAGAUUCGGGGCUAGUGGAUGCAAGUCAGUUAUGGCUGUGGGCGGAUACUCUGGACUUUGACUCAUUUAAUGAUCAGCCCGGGGAAUAG